UCAUUGGUUGCCUCAGACACAGUAGCUCUCUCCCUCUCACUCUCUCAUAAAUGCGCUCCCACCACCAACCGUAGCAGAUAAUCACAGGCCACUGUGAGAGGGACACACCUUCCGCUGAUUUUGCCACAGUUUACACGGGGAUGCGUUUUGAUUCACGAAAAGGGGUCAUCAGUCCAUGAUUUGAGUCGUGUUUUCAGCUUGCAGUUUCGCAAUUUUGCGAUUUUUGCGCAUAGGUUACGACACUGCUCCGCUCCAACUCGAAGAUGACUGGGGUUUUUGAGAACUUAAAUACUGAUAUGCAUUCGAACCAGAUUACCUCAAGCAAUUACCACAGCUUGCACAAAUCGCAGGAGUCCCCGACUCUGCCAGUGUCCACGGCGACGGACAGCAGCUAUUACAACAGCCAGCAGCCUGGCCAUUGCGCAGGGUCUCCAUUUGGCCAACUCGGCUCUUACCAGUACCACGGCAGCGCUACGAGCACUGUGCCAUAUAAUGCGAAAUCUUACGACCUUGGUUUCAACUCAUCUUAUGGUGCAUACAGCUCCUACGGCUCCAACUCCUCUCCUACUCCGGUCGAUACAGAGAAAGAAGAGAGCGAGCCAGAAAUCCGGAUGGUUAAUGGAAAACCAAAGAAGGUUAGGAAACCUCGAACCAUUUAUUCCAGCUUCCAACUGGCUGCACUUCAGCGGAGGUUUCAAAAGACGCAGUAUUUGGCUCUACCAGAACGGGCCGAGCUGGCAGCCUCGCUGGGCCUUACGCAAACACAGGUCAAAAUCUGGUUCCAAAACCGUCGCUCCAAGUUCAAGAAGUUGUGGAAAAGUGGCGAAAUCCCCCCAGAGCAACAUGUUGCUUCCAGUGAAUCUCCCCCCUGCACUUCUCCGCCAACUACUGCCUGGGACUUUCCACAGACUCAAAGAAUGAACAGUGUCAACUCCAGUUUACCUCAGAGCAGCAGCCCUCCCAACACGACUGCGCCUUCAUCGUUUUUGGCAAACUACUCCUGGUACUCAACCACGAACUCUACCACGCAUUUGCAGCCUCCUCUGGUCCAGCACCACCACAACUCCGCCAUAAGCGCUGGGACGAUAUUCUGAAAAAAAAAAAAAAAAACAUCGGGUAUAAAUCGGACAAUACUGGUGAAAAAAGAAAAAUGCCAAUACCUUCAUUUUACAGACCUCGUGUGCGCGCCAUGCGAACUUCUAGGAGAAGUUAAUGGAGCCAGACAGGUUCAUGGACCUUGCCAGUUUUUGUGCUGGCAAAUGGUAGACACAGAUUUCUACAGUUAUUUUUGUAUUUAUUUAUUUUGUUUAUGUCGAGGGAUGAAUGAACCACUAUUACCCAAAGCAAUCACAGCCUGGGCGCAAGCCCACUUUUACGCGGACGUCACUUUUUUGCCAUUGCUGCAAAAUAAAGCAUUCAUCGCAGGACAACCUGUCACAAAUGUAGCACAAGUUAACUGUAUCGUGCCUUUUUCAAUAUGACCUCAUUUUGUUGUGCGAUAAAAACAGCUUACCUUUAUCCAUUCCUAAUGUCAUUAGUUGGUUUGAAUAUAUUCGGGGGUAAGUGUAUGAAUUCACGUUUGUAAAUAUUUUACCACAGCUUUUUGAUAGCCCAUGACGCUUUGACUUUUUUUAGGCUAUUGGUGCAAAUCCAUUAUCCACCGUAAGCUACUGAUUGUCCUACCCUCUGAUUUACUUGUAUCACACUUAAUUGUAUUUUUGUCUUAUUUAUUUUAGCAGUGUUCCAUAUAUGGCCAGGCAUUAUUUAAAUAAAAAUGUUUUCUGUG